AUGCCGGAAGCGCUCGUCACACGAGCAGAGGUUGCUAUUGAAAACCGUGAAUAUUGGAUCAGUGUGAUACUCAUCAUUGGAGCAGUCACCUCCUUCAUUUGUGCACCCAUCUUUGGUCACUUGGUUAAUCAAACAGAAAAUAUCCAACGAUUUUAUCUACUUGGGUUAAUUUUGCUUCUCACUUCCACACUAUUGUUCACUUUUGCCGAUUCCCUGCACUUGUACAUCUUUGCCGUGGUUCCUCAAGGUGCUUCUAUGUCGAUGGUAUUUGUGACUGGGCUCUCUAUCAUGGUUGGUUCCACCCCGAAGGAGAGAAUGGGUUAUAUCUUUGGCUAUCUGCAUGUCUUUGUAGCGACCGGACUCAUCUUGGGACCUCUUUGUGGUGGAAUUGUCUACCAUUAUGCCGGGUACUAUGCUUCAUUCGGGGUGGUUCUUUUACUACUUGCCAUCAACCUUAUAUUAUGCUCGGCAAUAAUAGACAGACUCACUGAAGCAAAGUGGCCAAAUGAGCCAGAAAUCGGCCACGACUCUGAUGUUGAAGAUUCAGAUACCCUUGCAUAUGGCUCUGACGGAAAGACAGACGCCUCCGGUGAGGCUCUCAACAUGUGGCAUCUGUUCCGAGAACCACGGGUUAUGAUCUCAGCGACAUCCAUCCUUGCUUAUUUUCUUCUUAUCGCUGCCCUUCUCAAUUCACUCCCGAUCUUUGUGGCAGACCGCUUUCAAUGGGGCUCACUGGGAGCUGGCUGUACACUUUUACCAGUCACCACCACUGUCAUUCUCGGACCCCUGCUUGGGUCGUUUUCUGAUCGUUUCAGCAUAAGUGCACGUGCAGCUCUCGGCUUUGGGCUCGCUACGCCAUGUUUUAUCUGCUUGCGUUUUGUUCAGUGCAACACGAUAAAGCACCAGCUGGCUUUCUUCGUGCUUUUGUGUCUGAUAGGUGCUUUUCUCAAUGCUGUGAAUCCAGCUAUCACGGCUGAUAUGCAAAAUACUCUCUUUGAGCUCGAGGAAAGAAGCCCAGGGACUUGUGACACUAAUGAGGCUAUUGGAAGAAUACACAGUGUUCAUUAUAUGGCUCAAUGCGUUGGCUUAAUAUUGGGACCAGUACUCGGAGGCCUCAUUGACCACCGAUUUGGUUGGGGAGUCAUGACCAUAGUCCUUGGCGCCGUGACUGCAGCUACUGCCGUGGGAUUCUGGCUUUCAGGACAAAGAAUCAAACUAUUCUGCAAAAAUGAUAUCGCCAAAGAACGAGAGCCUCUGCUGAAAAGAUCCGCUAUGCAGAGCUCCUUUGCCACUUUUGACGAGGAAAGCCCAGGAAUCAUCCACUACGAGACAUUUCCUGAGACAAUUUCCUCCGGAAAAAACUCCCUCAAGGGAAAUUCAGCGUCGAUUCCAUUGGGACAUCGGCUCGUAACAGCAGCAGAACGCCCAGACCUCUGGCACCCGACACAUUCGGACCCAAGCCACGGUCUAUUUAGUUUUCCACAAUGGAGCCAGGGAGCUGUUUUCAAACGGUAUUAUCGACAGCUCGGAGAGAUCGAAGAAUUGGCCCGCUACCAAACAAUGAUUGUACGAAAUUCGGACGAGAGAGUGGUUGCUACCGGAGUAUGUACGCCUUUCUUCUGGCCAGAGCUGGCUAAGGCUCCAACUGCCUCGCUCUAUUCACAUGAUACUCCUGAAUGCGCCUCGACUCUCCCAGAUGGAGGCUGGGAGACAAUUUUGACCAGAGGAGUUCUCCAAGCACGAGCACGACAAGGGGAGCUCCCAUCCGACGAGACUUUGCCUCUCACCGGGGAUCAAAAAAAGGAUGAGGCGACGGCAUGGCUACCCAACCGACCAAAUGCUAUAUCAGGGCUGCUGGUUGUUGUGGCAGAUAACUACCGAGGCCAACGCCUGGCUGGAAUUCUCUAUCAAAAUUUCAAAUAUUUGGCUCGCCAAAACAAUCUAAAGGCGUUGGUCAUCCCGGUCCGACCGAUGCACAAGUCUCAAUAUCCGCACACUCCAUUCGAACAAUACUUUAGUUGGAUCCAAGAGGGCCCAUUUCGCCAUGGGUUUACGUGGCCAAGCUCGAAUAAAUCUGAUCAGCCACUUCCCUUUGACAGGGAGAUUCGAAAACAUAUACGAAUGGGAGCAAAGGCCGUGAAGCCAGCCAUCAGAAGUUUCACCGUGGUCGCCUCUGUCGCAGAAUGGCAGCAACGAUUCGGAGAUAAGGUGGCUUUGGAUGUGUUCACCGAUGAAGAUGGCAGCCGCUGGCUUCUAGGUGGAAAAUUGAAUGGGUUGUUGUUAAAGGGUGAGAAUCAGACUACUCCUUUGCGAUGGGAUGCGAAGCGUCAAGUUGGUAUUUACUCGGAGACGAAUAUGUGGAUGUGGCACCCGCUGUAA